AUAUGCAAUAUUGCAUAGUGCCGUGACUGCCGUCACCCAGGGCUUUCACAGCACUAACACUCCCAAGUCCCAAGUCCCAAUUCCCAAAUCGAAGCUGCUCUCUGCCUCUCCGGCCUCCGCCAGUCCGCCGCGCUCUACGUCUCCUGUCGGCUGUGUCCUGCCGUGCUGGUUCAUCGCUGCCGGGUGUCGAAGACGAAGCACCAAGAUCUCACUAGUUCAUCGCUGGUUCAUCACUGCUCAUCUCUGGCUCACUUAGGAUACAAGUGUAGGAGUAGCAGUAGAUCCAGAAAGCUUCGAGAGCUCAGUAUCAAGUGAUAUCACAUAGUAUUUUAUUGGAUCAAGAAAACCAUAUGGCCAGUGCAAUUUCAAGAAACCACCGCCUUCGCUAUAUAUAUUGCUCUUUCUCCUCUAACUACAGCUUGUUAAACCGAUGCCAUUCAACUUCAUCAUCAAGGAGUCCUCUGCUACAGCUUUAUAAUAAUAGCGGCCUCGAAAAUCUCCAUCAUCAGUCCCAACUUCUAUCUUCAUCGGAUUUUGGAAGGGUUCAAUAUGGAAUGUUUCCAUCAUGGACAUCAAAGCAUAGGUUUCUUUGCACCACUACUACUAAUGUGAAUAAAUCAAGUAAUUCUGCUGGACCUUCAGAUGCUAGUUCAGAUGCUGGAAAAAGCAAAACCUCAAGUGGCGGCUCUCAAAAGACUACCGAGCAAGGGAAGCCAAUUCGAGGCUCGCCGGUUUCAUGGAUGAGCUUUUUCUUACUUCUUGCUACUGGAGCAGUAUUAGUUUGGUAUUAUGACCGGGAAAAGAAGCGACAUAUUGAAGGAAUCAAUAGUGCUUCUAAGACAGUAAAGGAGGGGCCUUCUGCAGGGAAAGCUGCAAUUGGGGGUCCAUUCAACCUUGUGGAUCAUACUGGGAAGUCUGUGACUGAGAAAAAUUUCUUUGGGAAUUGGAAUCUAAUAUAUUUUGGAUUCACACAUUGUCCGGAUAUAUGCCCAGAUGAACUACAAAAGCUUGCUGCUGCAGUGGAUAAAAUAAAAGAAAAAUCUGGAAUUCAAGUUGUCCCAGUGUUCAUCUCAGUUGAUCCUGAAAGAGAUACAGUUGAGCAAGUUCGGGAAUAUGUUAAAGAAUUCCAUCCAAAUUUAAUUGGGCUUACUGGUAAUGCGGAUGAGAUAAAAAAGGCUGCACGUGCAUAUCGAGUUUAUUAUAUGAAGACAGAAGAGGAAGGUUCAGACUAUCUUGUUGACCACUCAAUUGUCAUAUAUCUCAUGGAUCCCAAAAUGGAGUUUGUCAAAUUUUUCGGCAAGAACACUGAUGCUGAUUUACUUGCAGAAGAUGUAAUUAAUGAGAUAAAGCAACGGAAAAAAGUGGGAGCAUGAUACUACGAAGUUUUGAGGAGAAACUUUUGACUUACUGGAUGUAAUACAUCAAUUUUGAUGGGGUAUUUCUGGCUUUUUCCAGGUUUGAGGUGGGAUGAGAAGAUUUCAUUUACAGACUUUUCAUGGCUUAUCGAAGGCUGAAUUAACUUGGUGCUGAGAAGAAUGAAAAUCAUUUUUCCUUUCUGUUCUAACCUGAAAUAACAAACAGCUGCAUAUUGUCAGAGUUUAUACCGAAAGAUAAUUUUUUUCCAUACACGUGCUAAGCUUUCCUCAGAGUGAUCCCUGUGGGUGAUUUUCUGCUAUUGGCAAUAUAUCGUUCUGUGUAAAUCACUGCUCUCAGUACCAGAAGACGGGCGUGUCUCACAGUUGCAAGUCUGCAACUGUGCAGGACUUGCUGUCACAUUGUAAUGUAUUAGCCCCGUAAAUAAGAGAAUAUGUUCAUGACCAAAAGAUCUUAAAGUCAAUCCUUAAAUAUAAAGUUAAUUUUUUCU